CCAAGAAGUAUGGAAGAAGAAGCAAAUCUCCACAGUUGUACAAAACUGCAGCUCACUCUUGGUUGGAUGUUUCUUCAUAUAUAAUGGUAAAGAAUUGUGUGUGCAUGUAUAUAUGUGUGUAUAAGAUAACACAGGCACUAAAAACGGCAGCCCAACAAGAGGGAACGAACAAAUAUGUGCGAGGGAGUUCUCGCUGAAGGCACAGUCAGUCAGUGUCAGUCAAGAGAGUGGUCACCAUUCUCUUCUUCAUAUCGUCCCUUUCUUUCUCUUUUACUUCCUUUCUUUCAUCUCCUCAAGGAUCAUCUCUCUUCCGACUUAUUUAUGCCACAAGUGCUUCACCUCAAAAGUUUAUCAUUUCCUUUCUUUUUUUUUUAUGUGUAUGUAUUUUUUCCACCCUCAAGUCCACGACAUGACAUAUUCAUUGUCACCAAAUUCGGGGUUUUUUUUUUAAUACGCGAAUAAUCGUGAAACAAAAAUUGUCAUUUCUUUAGUGACAGAAGAAAAAAAGUUGCUUAAAUAAUAAAAAUGUUUAUAAACAGUGAAAUAAAAAUUUAAUUACAGUGUAAUUGUAGUGCGAAAAACAUUUAAAAAUUACUUCAGUUUUGAAAACAAUUAACGAACGAAAUAAAAAAAAAAAUAUUCGCAUUAUCUUUCAGAACUCGUGGAAUAUGAUAAAAGAAGCUAAAAGACAACCACAUACGAUUAAUAGUUGGAAGAAUAUUUUUAGUUAGAAAGUAAAAUUAAAAAGAAAAAAAGCUCGUUCAAUUGAAAUAAAGACAAUAAAUCAUUAAUUGCGCGUGUACAAAGAAGUGUAUUAUAAAAAGAAUGAAAAAAAGUGAUAAAAAAAUAAGAAACAUAAUAUUAAUUAUGUGUUAAUGAAAUAUAAUGAGGGUGAGAGAGAAAAGGCAAGAUUAAAAUAUAAUAAACGACACGUUUGAAAAUUAUUUAAAAAAUGAUGAGUAAUAUUUAACAACAUUGCUAUAUAUAUGUUUAAUUAAUUUUGCCGCGAGUGAAAAUGUUAUUAUUAUGUACCCUAUUAUCACUUACAAGUCAAGGAAUUUAUAUAUACAAAUAUAGCGAGGAGGAAUGUUGAUUAUUCAUGUUUACCAGACUAAGAGAGAGAGAGAGAGAGAGGAAAAUUCUAUUUUACCCGUUUUUUCCCUCAAUAGAUUUGUUCCUCUCUUUUGGAUCAAAAGAAACUGCAACCGCAUCAGAAUAUAAAAGUGUGGAUGAAGCUUUCACGUUUAAAUAAAUAUAUAUAUACACAAAUUAACACCAAGAUGAUAAUGAUCUCUGUGUCGGUGAAAAGUGGCGGCAAAUAAAUUUUAUAUAUAUGUGAGGUGAAAAAGUGCUAAACGAUUAGCGAUUUAACGUGCUUUCUGUACAACCCAAGGCCACAACAUGAUUAUCACUAAUAAUCACGCCAAAAUGAUAAUUAAACGAAAAAAAUCACCAAAAAGAAGGGGUAUAUCUUCGGCAGAAAUUCACGCAGAAUUUCCAACAACGACACAUUCACCGGCAUUACUGGCAAGAUUGCCAAAUACGGAGACUGCACAAAUCACAAAUUGCAUAGAUACACCUGGAGUUUGUGGCAGUGAAGCUGCAUGUCGGAAACUCGACGAUAACACAUCAAAAUGUGUUUGCCCUCAUGAUUUAUCUCAACCUACACCGGACAUGAAAUGUCCGAAUCGUCUUCUCGUGCCUUUAACGCCUAAACCAAUACACAAUAUAAUUCCACCAAGUGGUAACGUAACGGAAACUACAACUGUUCUUCCUGAACCUGAACAGGUGGAACAAGCGAGACAAAAAGUACCUGAAAUAGUUGGAAUAGCCAUUGGCUGUUUUCUAGUACUAGCGAUAGUAUUGAGCAUAAUAUAUUGUUACAAACGAAGAAACUAUAAUGCGAAGUCCAAGCGAAACUCACUCGAUAAUACACCUAGAAAUCUUAAGAAAAGUCUACUAUUGGAUAGCAAAUGCACUCGAAAUCCUCAAUAUUUCGCGUGCUCCUCACCGGAAGUGCCUCUUUUGCAACGCGACUCACUUAUGUUUCUACAGGACAUUGGUGAGGGUUGCUUUGGAAAAGUCUUUAAAGGAGAAUUGAAAUAUGGCGAGUCAGUGGAAAUUGUGGCAGUUAAAGUUUUAAAAGAAUCAGCAUCCCGUGAAGUUGAGGAUGAUUUUAUGAGAGAAGUAGACAUAAUGUCAACUUUUUGCCAUCAAAAUAUUUUACUACUUAAAGGAGUUGUUUUAAGGGAAAUUGGACACAGUCCAUGGAUGGUGUUUGAAUAUAUGCCAUAUGGCGAUUUAACCGAAGUUUUAAGAAACAAUUCCCCAUAUAAUUUUCGUUCUUCGAGAUCAGAACUUCAACCAUUGACGAGGGAAUCUCUUCAUUGGAUAGUUACUCAAAUAGUUGAAGGAAUGACUUAUUUAUCAACACAAAGAUUCGUUCAUCGAGACUUGGCAUGUCGAAAUUGCCUCGUGGGAUAUGAUUUAAUUGUGAAAAUUGCUGAUUUCGGAAUGUCAAGGGACGUUUACACCUGUGAUUACUACAAGAUGGGAGGAUCACGUUUACUUCCGGUACGUUGGAUGUCGCCGGAAAGUGUAAUGUACGGUCGUUUCACUUUGGAAAGUGACAUAUGGAGUUUUGGAGUUGUCCUUUGGGAAGUGUAUUCCUAUGGGAAACAACCAUAUUACGGACACAAUAACGAACAGGUGGUGAAACUAAUAACACAAGGAAUAAUGCUACUAACACCGUCAGAUUGUCCAUCGUACAUUUGUCAAUUAAUGAAGGACUGUUGGAAAGCGGAACCUCGAGAUCGACUUCGAUUUCCUGAUAUUUUGGAGCAUUUACGAAAAGCGGAAGAAGCAUCGGCUCAAAUGGAAACUUUACCGCGACCUCCACAAGGACCAGUAACCAUACGAACACCGGAUGUUCUCGAUCCGGAUGGUUAUCUAUUACCGGCACCAGCAAAACCUUGUGAAUAUUGGCAACCUCUACCACCAAUUGCCGACGAUCAAAUUAUAACCUGUACAUAAAUUUUCAAUUAAUUGAUCGAAUGCAAAUACUUGUAAAAAACACACACACAGACACAAAUACAUCGAAAGAAAGAUAUUCUCAAAUUUAUCGCAAUUAUUAUGAUGAAAAUCAUCAUCAUUUCACAAGACUGUGCCUUAUUAAUACUCAAAAUGAAAUUAAAAAAUGUAGAUGACAAUUUAUUGAAUUAAACAAAAAUUGAAAACUAAAUGAAAAUAAUUAGAAAAUCAUUAAUUAGUUUAUAUAAUUUAAAAAUAUGUAUCCGUAUUGUUAAACAAGAUAUAUGACGAGAAAAAUAUUUUUGUUUCCACAAAAAACAAUUGUAUUUUUAAAAUAACGCGCUAUAUAUUUUUUUUACCGACAUUUCUUUAUUUAUGGAAAAUUUUGUAUAAUAAUAAAAAGAAACUGUUUUAUAGUAUUUUAAUCUCGUUAUGGUAGAGUAGUAUCAAACUUUGCCUUGCGUGGAAGACCCUGAGGUCAAUCAUGAAAGGGGUCAAAUAAUUUUGUAACUUUCUAUACUAAUUACAACUAACUUCUUGAAUUAAUCUAAGAUUCUUUCAUUCGAUUGGUUUUAUAUUUCUUCUCAAAAAAAGAAAAGAAAACAAUCACCAAAGGAGAUUUCGUUCUAAUGAUCUUCUCAAGAAAAUUGUAAAUAAUUAUAAUCAAAUAAAAAUUUCAAUCUUCGAAAAGUGUC